AUGGCCGAAACAAACAUACAACGGGCAUGGAUACCUGGUGCGAAAUGGUUGUGGGUUGACACAUGCUGUAUCAACAAACAAGAUGCGCAGGAGGUCACAGAGGCCAUUAACUCGAUGUUCAAGUGGUAUAGCGACGCUGCCGUCUGCAUCGCAUGGAUGGCGGACGUCAGUACUGCUCAUGAUCACGAAGGGUUCAAGUCAAGCGUGUGGUUUACAAGAGGUUGGACACUGCAAGAACUGCUUGCACCUCGGGUCAUGAUAUUCCUAUCACAGGACUGGCAAGUUCUGGGCCAUAAAUCAAGUGACGCAAGCCGAAACGAUCAACUUUCUCUAGACUUUGGGGUUUCCCUCAAUGCAAGCAUAGCCCAGGUCACAGGUAUACCUGAAAACGUCCUGCGUAACUUCCAAAAUGGCAAGAGCUUGAGCGUCGACGAGCGGCUAGCCUGGAUGGACAACCGGAAGACCACCAAGGAAGAGGAUAUGUCGUACGGCCUCAUUGGAAUACUGGAUGCUCCGAUCAUGGCCAACUACGGUGAAGGUGAAGACAAGGCGCGGAAACGUCUUCUCGCGGAGGUCAGGAAAGACGAUACAUAUCUUGAAAAGCUACCCAUCGCGCAAGGGGCCGCUUUCGAUGACAGAGAGAACGAGCUGGUCUCGAAAUGUCUCCCCGAAACUCGCGUGCAGCUCGUACAAGACAUCAACGCUUGGGCAAGUUCCAAGAAGGGCCAGUGCAUAUUCUGGCUCGUUGGCAUGGCUGGCACAGGAAAAUCAACCAUCUUCAAGACUGUUGCUCAGAGGUUCAGAGACCGGUGUCAUCUUGCAGCAAGCUUCUGUUUCAAGAAGGGCGAAGCUGAUCGAGGGCAUGCUUCCCGACUGAUGCCGACGAUUGCUGCUCAGAUAUCACGGCGAAUGCCCGAAGUGAGGCAAAGGGUUAUUCUGGCUCUCAAGGAGAACCCUGAUGUCGUUCGAAAGAGUUUGAAAGAACAAUUUGAAAAGCUGAUACUCCAUCCUCUUGAGCAUUUGAAUCCAUCGCCAGCGAGUGGAUCGGCCUGGGUCAUCGGCAUUGAUGCACUGGACGAAUGUGAUGAGACAGACAUUGACAUCGUGAUAGGACUAUUCGCAAGGCUCGAGAAGUUGAGGACGGCCAAUAUCCGGCUUUUCGUGACUAGCCGCCCUGAGUUGCCUGUCCGAUUAGGAUUCGUUGACAUACCGAAGGAUACACAUCUUGACGUUCGACUAGAGGAAGUCACCAAGGAUCACAUUGCGCACGAUAUCGCCAUCUACCUGCGGCAUAAGCUAGCCGAGAUACGUUGUAGGUACGCGCGAAUGUAUGGAACAGAUGCGAUUGGACAUGACUGGCCCGGAGAUGAUGCCGUCAAAGCUCUCGUCGAAAUGGCCCAACCUCUCUUCAUCUUCGCUGCGACAGCCUGUCUUCUUCUGGGAGAGCUUGAUGAGGAUCUGGAUGAGGCUCUUGCCAUGAUUUUGAACCAACGACUGGAAGCUUCUCAACUGGACAGGACGUACGGGCCGGUUCUAGAGAAACUUCUGCUUGGGAAGACCGAUAAGCAGCAGGAAAACAUUGCUCACGAAUUUCGGAUUUUAGUGGGAACUAUUGUGCUCCUCCACGAGCCCUUGCCCGUCUCAGCGCUUUCAAGACUGUUGGAGGUGGACGAAAUUAAGGUCAAUACCAGAUUGAGUCGGCUGCACUCUGUGUUGGACGUGCCUGCUGUUGGGGACCAUUCUCGAGCAGUCCGACCGCUCCACCUAUCUUUUCUCGACUAUCUCACAGAUCCCGACACACGCAAAAAAACCUCACUUUGGAUCGACGAGGUGCAGACACAUCGAAGCCUUGCUAAGCAAUGUCUUCGUCUUUUGGCCGAGAUUCGGCCACUGGAGCAGGAUUUGUGUUCCGUUGAGCAGCCUGGAACUCGACGGGCCGAAGUCAGUAGAGAGCAUAUCGCAAACUGUAUUCCUGCCCAUGUGGCGUACGCAUGUGGCUACUGGGUGCGGCAUCUCGUGGAGGGGGGAGAGCAGCUAUGUGACGAUGGACAAGUGCACAGGUUCUUGCGGACGCACUUUCUGCACUGGCUCGAGGCCCUGAGCUGGCUUGGCAAACUAUCUGGAGCAAUCUCAUUUUUGAGCGAUCUGAGUCCACUUGUCGAGGUCAACCAAGGCGAACUGUUACUUGCCUUUCUUGCAGAUGCCAGGCGCUUCCUGCUUCGGAAUCGUUAUGUCAUUGACCUUGCUCCACUCCAAACCUACUCUGCAGCGCUUGUGUUUGCACCAACGCAGAGCAUAGUCCGACGGCACUUCGAAAAUUGCAUCCCACAAUGGAUACGGCUUCGACCUAAGGUUCUCUCAAAUUGGGACGCCGAAAUUCAGACGCUCGAGGGUCACGGUGAAGAUGUGGUAGCAUUAGCCUUUUCUCCAGACGGAAAGACUCUGGCCUCAGGGUCAUACGACAAGACGAUACGGCUUUGGAAUUUCUGGACUGGCGAAGAAAUCUGCAAGCUCGAAGGACACUCUCGGGCUGUUCUGGCUGUAGCCUUUUCCCCCGAUGGACGAACGGUAGUGACCGUUCUCAGCAUAGCCUUCUCACAAGAUGGGCGCACGGUCGCGUCAGGGUCGUCGAAAGACUUUUCGGCAUCGACACUAGCUACCAUCCAAUCAUGGGAUAUUCGGGGGAGCAAGGAAAGGCAAAUACUCGAAGGCCAUGACAGCAUUGUUGCGUCUGUUUCCUUCUCUCCUGACGGGCAAAGAGUAGCUACAGGGGGCCGGGAUAAUACGAUACGACUGUGGAAUGCUCAGACCGGCAGUGAGACGCACAAGCUCAAAGGACAUAGUGGUGUUGUUAAGACAGCAAUAUUCUCUCCGGACGGGCAGAAAAUAGCUUCGGGAUCAUAUGACAGCACAAUACGAAUUUGGAACGCGCAUACGGGUAUGGAGAUACACAGACCGAAGGGCCACAGCAGCUAUGUUGGUGCGAUAGCUUUCUCUUCCAACGGAUGGAUAAUAUCGGGAUCUCAGGAUGGGACGAUGCGGCUUAUCAUGCUCGAGGUGGCAAUUUCUUCGGACGGACAGGUAGUCGCAUCAUCAUCCUACGGUGGACUGGUGCAGUUGUGGCACACCCGGACAGGCGCGGAGAUUCACCGGUGGCAAAACGUCGGAUAUGUGAAAGAGCUGGCGUUCAGCGAAGACGGUACCUGUUUAACGACGGGCCGCGGAGACUUGGACAUUACCCCAUACGUUUCUUUGCCGCGACGCCACGAUCCGCCUCGCCAAUCUCCCCAAGCACUUCUCCACAAGCAGUGGCUACGAUAUCUAGAUCAAGACCUCUUGUGGCUCCCAAAGGACUAUCGUGGGGUUAAACGGGAGUCUUAUGAGAAUACGUUCGUUGCAGGUCAAGCUUCUGGGGCCGUUUCUUUCAUUCGACUGAAGCCAGAUUGCAUACAUAGGCCAGACAAUAGCAAAUCGUAG